AUGGCCAUUGGCAAAUGGAUCCCAUUCGCGUCCAGUCAGGCUCCCGCCACCCCCGCCCCCGUCGUCGUAGAGCAGCCUCCCAUCGUCUCCGCAGCGGAUGCAAAGUGUUUUGGCCUCGAGAACUUCGGGAACACUUGCUAUGCCAACUCCGUCCUUCAGUCCCUCUACUUCUGCGGUCCGUUCCGCGAGCUUCUCCUUCAAUAUCCCGACCCUUCUGUACCCGAUGUUCCCCUACAACCGCCCUCUCCGCCGUCACCUGCUCACCCACCACCUCCACCACCAGUCACGAGUCCCCAGAACUCCCGCAAGAAGGGCGCGCGCGGCAUGUCCGUCUCGGAGCCUGCGCCCAACCUUCCACCUGCAUUCACGAUACCACCCUCACCUCCCACCUUGCUUUCCGCCCUCCGCUCUCUAUACCUCCACAUCAGUCGGAACCCGGUCGAUAAGGGGACCGUCUCGCCCCGCGUAUUCAUUGACAAGAUCAAGGAGUUGAACGAGCUCUUCCGUGGCUCCAUGCACCAAGACGCGCACGAGUUCCUCAACUUCCUCCUCAAUAAGAUCAUGGAAGAGAUGGAGGACGAGAGACGCCGUCUCGGAUCGGGCACGAACGGUGUCGGGCCGUCCGGAGAGGACUUGUCCAAUUCCGUCGGGACGCUCUCGACGAACCCGCCGGCGUCCACGUCCACCGCCCUCGGGACCUCGUACCACUCCACCAUCGUACACAGACUGUUUGAGGGCGUGCUGACGAGUGAGACGCGGUGCCUUACGUGCGAGACCGUAUCAUCCCGUGAUGAGUCUUUCAUCGACCUUUCGAUCGACAUCGAGCAGAAUUCGAGCGUUACUGCGUGCCUGAGGCAGUUUAGCGCGAGCGAGAUGCUCUGUCAGAAGAAUAAGUUUUUCUGCGACUCGUGUUGCGACCUCCAGGAGGCAGAGAAGAGGAUGAAAAUCAAGAAACUGCCGAAUGUACUCGCGCUACACUUGAAGCGGUUCAAGUACCAGGAGGACGUUGGGAAGUACAUCAAGCUCGCCUACCGGGUCGCGUUCCCGCUCGAGCUACGGCUAUUCAACACCGUGGAUGACGCGGAGGAUCCGGACAGGCUGUAUGAGCUCUACGCAAUCGUGGUCCAUAUCGGGACGGGGCCUCAUCAUGGGCAUUAUGUGACCAUUAUCAAGGCGCGCGGAACGUGGAUGCUGUUCGACGACGACACCGUUUCGACCAUCAAGGAGUCUGACAUCCCGAAAUACUUCGGCGAGUCCAACAGUGGCUCUGCAUACGUUCUCUAUUACCAGGCGGUAGACUUGGAUCUGACCGCGCUCGGGAUCAAGCCUCCGACGCCGCCGCCGACCGCUGCAGCGACCACGGAUAUUGGCUCUGCCCCUGACCAUCCACUCAGCCUCGCGACCGUCUCCGAUGUGACCGAAGUCUCAGGCUCACCCUCGCCCGCGAUGCCCCCAGGUCUCACGGAAGAGCCCGACUCGGACAAGAGCGACUCGCCCAUGCCGAGCACGCCCGGGUCACAUCCAGUCCCUCUCUCGCCCUUGCAUACCCCGAAACUCCCCUCCGCGCCUGUCCCUCCGAACCUCGUCGUGUCGAUACCCCCUUCCAGCCCCACCUUGCCCCCGAUGCCGCCCAUCCCAGCGUCACCGUCGCAGCCGCAGCAUAAUCAUUCCCUGGGUGGGCUGUUCCACAGCCUGCGGCAGUCGCCGUCCCUGCGCCUACGUGCGAACGGGUUCACGAGCAGCGCAGAGCAUCGACAGAGUGCACACGAUCCCGCGCCGGGCAUGCCGCACUCGCCGCGACGGCCGCGCACGGCGCAGUCGAGCGCGUCAACGGCGGACACGAGUCACCAGACGCACGAGGGCACGCUGCCGCCGUCGAUACCGCCGUCCCCCAGCCCGUCGAAGAGCCACGCGUUCCCGAACGGGACUUCGGCAAAGGAGGGAGGGAAGGAGCGCGUGCCGGAGAAGAAGGCGAGCGGGUGGUUCAAGCGGAAGAGCUCGAGCUCGAAGCAGGAUGCGUCAGUGUCCUCACCUGUCGUGCCCUCAGCGUCAUUCGCGACUGUAUCGUCUGCGUCGGAAGAGCAAGUGCCGGGCUCGCCACUCCACAAGAAAUCGUCGCCGGAGUUAUCGAGGAGUUUGAAGCGCGAGAAGCGCGGGUCGUCGAAGUUGCCGCCGAGGCCAUCGACGGCGGGUGCGAGGAUGAGCUCUUCGGAGCAGGGGAGCGGGUCGCGCCCGCCGUCGACGAUAGCCAUGCCUCCACUGCCGCCGUUACCUGGCUCUCCAACGUCUCCCAGUGAGAAUGGGAGCGCCGCGCCGCUGGUCGCGAACGGCAAGGGUGCUGCGAACGGUGAUGCUGCGCAUGUUGAGGACGGCGCGCCCAGCACCCCGCAGGACGGCCUGUCAAGACGCUCGAGUCCUCAACCUAUACCCCAACCUCCGGCCUCGCUUCCCGCGUCUGCGUCCGCGCCUGAACAAGGACACGGACACAGGCACGCACAGGGGUAUAAUCCGUUCUCGGCGUCCGCGGGAUACGGCUUCUCGCCAUCGUACGGGGGCGCGGGCGGGGGGAGCGUGGCGGACUCGCCGGCGAUGCCGCCGAGCAGCAGCAGCGGGAGCGCGUCCAGCGGGGGCGGCGCGGCGGCGAACUGGAAGCGCGCGACGCGGAAGCUGAGCUUCACGGCGCCGAUGCUGGGGCUCGGGCGCAAGGACCGGGAUAAGGACCGGGAGCGGCAUCGCGAGCGCGAGAAGCCCCCGACGUCGUUCGCGCGGUGACCUGUGAUGCGCAGCCCUGUGCUCGCCCGCGCAUGCACAUUGGGCGUGGCGGAAAAGUAUUCUUGUAUGAUGUGGUGCGGACAGACGGUGUAUGUGCUGUGUUGCUGUUGCUGUUUAUUUGAUGUCUUUUUAUGACCUUCGCCUUCGCCUUACCCCCCACGUAGCUCACUGUCCCGCUCGCCUAGUACCUGCCCAUUACCCCCCAUCGAUCGCUACAUAUCCACUACGCAUAGCUACUUAUCAUGUAUUCGCUAUUUGCUAACC